AUGGAGUCCAUCUUUCAUUUCUACCGUCGAGACUGCGAGGAAGAGGGCAAUUGUGAGAAACCAACGUCCCAUCUUCUGACAGAUGCUGUGCCUGCUGCGGUAACGGGAGUUGUCCUGGUCGUCGCUGGCAUCGUUAUCUUUAUCAUCGCCAGGCGCAAGCGGAAGCUCUCUGCCGCCGACGACGCCAAGGAACGAGAGUCUCUAGAAAUCGAUCUUUACGAGCCCUCGCAUACCCAAUAUCAAGGACCCGCAUAUGGCGAUCCCUUUAGCAACUCACAUUCGUUAUCGCGCGACCCCGACUAUAACGAGUUUUCCUUGGCCCCUCCAACCCCAAGGCGAGACCAGUCGCCAGCCAAGUCGUUUCAAACAGAGUCCAUCGAUGAACCGCAUUCAUCAACCUCACCACCCCCUGCGUAUUCCAAUCAUGGGUCCAGCGCAAGAGAAGUGCACCCGGAUAGUAAGGUCUGA